AAAAUAUAUAAAAGCAAUUUUAUUACAUUACAGUGUUCCUAAGUGAAAAUUUGGAUUAGUCAUGUUCGAUACAACUAAAUACUUUCCGCACUCAGUUGAUUCUGAGCACCCAUCCCUGUCGGAGCCCAAUGAGUUCUCUUCUCAGGACAAUCUGGUCACCUACGAUAUGGUCCAUAAGCUGCAGGGAAGAUCUACUGAUCAAAUUGUCGAAAUGGCAUCGGAAGCUGACCUACAUACAGGGCACGAUGUCACUUCAUCUCCGCAAUUAAUGAUUAUUUUUGAAGAAGGUGACAUCAACAGUGCACUGCACUUUCUAAUUGAGUCGGCUCAGAAUCCGUUUUCCUCGAAUGCGGUGGCCAUGGUUCUGGUUCAGGAGAAAAUUCGCGGGGAGAUCGUCGAUAGAAUCCUGCCUAAGCUACAUCCUCUUAGUAAGUUUGUGGCCGAACAUCCUAGUUAUCUAACAGCACUGGAGAAAUGCGAGACUUCCAACUUGAACAUAAUAAGGGCCCGCAUUUCUGAGGUGGCCCCACCACUGGCUUCACCCACUUUUGUUUGCGAGUGUACCCACGAUGUGCUGGGAAGUUACCCAACUGGGGUUAUAACAUUUCACACAUUCCGCAAUAACCAGGAGGCUAUUGCCAUAUGUCGGGGGGAAUCAAUGGCCUUCGCAUCCGUCUCCAUUUGGAACGAAACGCUUACCGGAUGCUAUGAUCUCGUGGUGGCCAUGAGUUCAUCUUAUUUUUUUUUUAAUUGCGCCAACGUGGACUUGUUUCCAGAUUUAAAUCAGCUUAAAGCUCAAAAAAAUUACGUCGUAAUUGAAAAUGGCUAUCACUUCGAAACCUUACGCAUCUAUGACAAUUUUAAAUCCAUCGUAUUUCCCAUUGGCGGACUAAUUUUACCACGCAUCGAACAUCGCAGGGAGGAACAAGCUGCCAUAUCCUUUUUAGAAGCUUAGUAUUGGAAAAUCUUGGGAAUCCGUGACCAGGACUUCAACCUUCUAGCCAAUUUCCCCAAAGCGCUUGGCAAAUACAAAAUUUUAAGUUA